AUGGAUUCAAUACCAUAUAAUGAAUCAUUUGAAAAUUCUGAUGCUUACUUAAAAUAUAUUAUGGAUUGUAGACUUGAUGAAACAAAAGUUUUAAAAAAAUAUGAAAAAUUAAUUAAUCAAAAUGAUUUUGAAGGAGCUAAAAGUUUAUUUAAAGAAAAAUUGAAUGAAUUAUACAAACUUCGUAUGGAAAAUCAAAGUAAAGCAUAUGAUAUUGCUUUCUUAAGAAAUAAAGUAAGAGGAUUUAAAUUAGUUACAACAAUUUUACCUGUUAGAAAUGACGAUUACAUGGAAACAGACUAUUUUGAUAAUACUGAUGAUAAAGAACCAGAACCAAAAAGAAUUAAAAGAGAAUCAUUUUGUAAUGAUUUAAAAAAUUUUAUUUAUGAAAAAGGUUAUGUUGAUAUAAUGACACAAGGAACUCUUCAUUAUUUAGCAAAACAUUUUGGUACAGUAUUAUCUGCUAAAGUUACAAAAUUAAAUCUUGAUGAAUGUUUAUCAUUACAACUUUUAUGUGGUUUAUCAAAAAAUAAAUUUUCUAAACUUAAAGAAUUUAUUGAAAAAGCAAUAGGAAUUGAAAUAUUUCCAUCAAAAUUAGAAUUAGGUAAAUUAUGGUUUGAAAUAGGUGAUGAUUCUGAUUUAAAAUAUUUCAACUUUAUUGUUGUUAAAAAAAAUGAUAAAUAUGUAUUUGUUGAUAAUAUUGAUGAUAUAGAACGUCCUCAAUCACAUGAAAUUAUUGGUUGCUACAAUACAACAAUUGCAGAAGAUCUUACCACUAGAUAUGAACAUUUAGUUUUAAAUAAAAAAAUUAAAAAUGAUCAAAAAAUUGUUGAUAUUUGUAUUACAGGAGAUAAUCAUAAUGAUACAACUAAAAUUUCUGCAUAUUUUAAAUUAGAUAAUACAACAAACACAUACGCAAAUCUUUUACCAUUAGUAAUAUAUAAAGGUAUUUAUACAAAAGAAACAUUAAGAAAAGUUGCUUUAUUAAUUGGUGAACAAAUAAAUAGUCUUAAAGUAUUAACAGUUAAACCAUAUAAAGAUCAUGAAAAAUAUACUAUAAAAAUAAGAUGGUUUAUGAUUGGUGAUUUUAAAUUUGUUCAUUAUAUAAUGGGUGAUAAAGUUGAUUUUAAUAAACAUCCAUGUCCAUAUUGUUCAACAUUUAAAGGAAAAUCAUUAUGGGAAGAUUAUCAAACAACAGCUAAUGCACAAUUUAAUAGAAAAGAAUCUAAUGAUAGAUCAAUAUUUACUGUUAUACCAAUACAAAGAAUUUUAUUACCAUUAAUUCAUUUAUUUAUGGGUAUGUUUACAGAUACCUUUAAUAAAUUAAAAUUAAUUCUUGAAAAAUCUGUAUCAAAAUUAUUUUUAAAAAAAAUCCUUGAUGAAGGUUUUAAUAAUAUUGAUAAACAUAUAAAUUUAUAUUGGAAAACUUUAGAUGGUGAAGAGAUAAUAAAUACACUUCAAGCAUUUCAAAGAAUAUUUAGUAAUAUACCAUUAGGUGAAUUAACAAAACAAAAUAUUGAUGAUUAUGAAUGGAUAAUUAGUAGUAUAUAUAAUAUUCAAUCAUUAUGUUUAGCAGAUGAAUUAUCUGAUAGUCAACAAAAAGAUUUUGAUAAACAAAUUAAAAUUCUUAAAAGAUACUAUUCAUAUAAUAUUAAUACAGAAGAUUUAAAAUAUACAGCAAAAUGUCAUUUAUUAGAUAAACAUUUUGAUGAAUUUAAAAAUAUUUAUAGAAGUGCAAACUUUUUUGGAGAACAAGGAAUGUCAAGUGGUAAUACUUGGAUUUUAUAUAAUUCAAAUUUUUUUCAUUGGAUAACAUAUAAUCCAAGUCAACAAUGUAGAAGAAUGUUUUAUUUGAUGAAAGCAGCUAAUAAUUGUCAUGAUAAAGGAUUAUGGAGAUAA